AUUUGCAUGAAUGGUGAAAAAUGAGCCGAUUGAACAACAAUGGGCCGGUUGAGCCGGUUGUGGGAUUUAAGCUAGAGCUGCAUCUCAACUGCUCCAACGGUAACGAAACGAACGAUGCCGCCUCAUCCACACCGGAGCUUCAUGUGCAGCUGAUCGGCGCCCGCCAUUUGCCGAGCAAUUUCGGACUAAAAAGUGUCGAAGGUUUCAUGGUGAAGGUGAAACUGUUUCCCGGUGCAAUAAAGUUUGACUCAACUAUACAGAGCAACUCGUGGCCCGAAUUCAACGAGACGUUCCGGUUUCCUUUGGUAACUACACACAAGUCCUCAUUUCGCGUGAAAAAGAGCGAUAAACAGAAGGACGUCUCCACCCAACCACUUCCGGAGAAGAUUUUCAACGGGAACUUUGUCGUCUUUACCGUGUUCGCCCUGCUAGAACUUCCGCCUGGGUACACGUCAACGCUCAAAAGCAAAACGAUGACCUUCAUCCGGCAGGGCAGCCAACGGUUGAAGGAUAAGCCGGUAAUCGGCAAGCUGGUCAAGGAUAUCGAGCCCGCCACGGAGAAGAACGCAAACUUCGACCAGAAGCAAAACCUGAAGCGGCUAACGACGAGCGAAAGCCAGCGCAAUAUCGGCUCGGUGACGUACUUUCUCGAUCCGAAGUGUUUCAUCAAUGCGGCCGAAACGGGCAGCCGGAAGCAUCCGAACGUCUUCACCACCGAGGAGCUGUGGCUUCCGAUCAAAGACAUUACCAUUACACCGACGGCCGAAUCGCGUAUCACAGUUCAAAGUAGUCCCCGAGGUCAGGUGGAGGUGACAUUGCAGCUGUGCGAUUACACCGAGGUGCACAUCGACACGAAGGCUUCCUCGCGCGAAGACUGCAGCUUCAACAUCGAGGGUCCCUACUCACCCCCGCCAACAUCCCCCCUGUCCUUCUCUUCCGGCAGCUCGGAUGCACCGAAGGUGACACCGUUCGAGACGCGGCGCGCUUACUCCAACGGUUCACCGGUUCCCAUCUCGAACUCGAACAAAAACCGCUUCAGCUUCGAUGUGCGAAAGAUUGUGCGGAGCGUUAAGAACAAGGACAAAAACCAUAAGGGCCUGUGCCUGAAGAUCUCGGUCGCGAAGAUGCGGUGCGGCAUUAAGGUGAAGGAAGAGUUCGAAUCCGUCGCGGAAAAGGUAUACCUCAAGACGACGGUACUGGAGCACCAGAUACUGGUAGCGAGCUGGAAAUCGGACCCAUUCCGGCCGGCCCUUUCGAGUCGGUGGAAUGUGGACGAUUGUACCGUGGUGGUGCCGCUCUGCGGGGAGGCUGGAUUGGAGAAUCUUUCGAUCAAGGUAGCACUGGCGGCCAAGAAUAAGAUGGGCAAGAAAACGCGCCUAGGGACAGUAUUUUUGGGCCCGAAGUCACGCCAAUCGAAUCCAGCCAUGGAGGACCAGUGGCGGAAGAUGAUCAUGUACAAGGGUUCACCGAUCUCGGUAUGGCACAGCUUCGAGCAGGACUCUUGAAG